AUGCUCCCCCUGCCGCUGCCCCGCUGUCGGGCAUGGCUGUACUCGGUGCUGACCGCUGCGAGCUUUGCUCAGGCACAAUCGAGUCUCAGCUCUUCUUCUGUCGGAGCAGACGGACUGACGGGCUCCACCACUCCCACUUCGACCGAUACAGUGGCCACGGCCACCAUUGCUGGCACCCCCGUCACAUACAGUCCGAAAUUCACCGUCCCGGCAAGCGCUGAUACGGGCCAAAACCUCAUCCCCAAUAUUGUGGAUCCUCAGGCCGUCGAUGUUCAGAGCGUAUGCCCUGGGUACAAGGCGUCUGGCAUCAAGCGGGAUGCCAAUGGCUUUUCAGCAACCCUCAAUCUGGCUGGAAAAGCCUGCAAUGUCUAUGGGACCGAUGUCGACACGCUGAACCUCACUGUUCAGUACCAAAACGCGGACCGUCUUUCCAUCAGCAUCAGCCCCGCCAACAUCGAUGCCCUGAACUCUUCGUGGUACAUACUUCCCGAGGAGUUGAUCCCGCGUCCAGCUGUGGACCCCGAUGCAGAUUCGACUGCACAGGACAAUGACUUCCAGGUUGCGUGGAGCAAUGACCCCUCAUUCUCAUUCUCUGUCAUCCGCCGCUCUACUGGUGAUGUCGUCUUCAGCACCGAGGGCAGUGUUCUCGUUUACGAGGAUCAGUUCAUUGAAUUUGUCACCUCCAUGCCCGAGGAUUACAACAUUUACGGUCUCGGUGAACACAUUCACGGCCUCCGGCUCGGAACCAAUUAUACGGCCACCAUCUACGCUGCUGACGUGGGUGACCCCAUUGAUGACAACAUCUAUGGCAGCCAUCCGUUCUAUUUGGACACACGCUACUUCGAGGUUGAUCCGGACACUGGGAAUUUGACCUACGUGGCCGAUAGCAGUGCGGCAGCCCCCAACUCAUCCUACGUCUCCUACUCCCACGGUGUGUUCCUGCGGAAUGCCCACGGCCAAGAAAUUCUGAUGAGGCCCGAGAACGUGACUUGGCGUACUCUUGGUGGCACCAUCGAUCUGUUCUUCUUCGAUGGCCCAACACAGCCGGAAGUCACGAAGCAGUACCAGUAUGGCGCCAUUGGCCUUCCAGCAAUGCAGCAGUACUACACUUUCGGAUACCACCAGUGUCGCUGGGGCUAUGCGAAUUGGUCCCAGUUUGAGGAGGUUGUCGACAACUUUGUCAAGUUCGACAUCCCGCUUGAGAACAUAUGGCUAGACAUCGAUUACAUGAAAGAGUACAGAGACUUCACAACUGAUCCAAACACCUUCCCCCUUGAGGAAGGCGUCCAAGUCUUGAAACGCUUGCAUGAUGGCGGAAGACACUUCAUCCCCAUUGUGGACAGCGCGCUGUAUAUUCCGAACCCGGACAACAAGACCGACGCAUAUGACACGUACUCUCGCGGACACGAGUCUGACGUUUUCCUCAAGAACCCCGACGGUAGCGAGUACAUUGGUGCCGUAUGGCCCGGCUACACUGUCUUCCCCGACUGGCUGUCUGGCGCCAGUGUUCCCUGGUGGUCUGAUGAGCUGGUCAGGUGGCACAAGGAGGUCGCCUUUGAUGGGAUUUGGAUCGACAUGUCGGAAGUCUCUUCCUUCUGCGUCGGCUCUUGCGGUUCUGGCAAUCUCUCGCUCAACCCUGCUCAUCCACCAUUCGCUCUCCCUGGCGAGCCUGGAAACGUCAUCUUUGAUUACCCCGAAGGCUUUAACAUCACAAACGCAACAGAGGCUGCAUCUGCUGCCGCUGCCUCCUCCAGUCAGGCCGCCGCCACGUCUGCAACUGCUUCCAGCUCUGCUACGACCAGCUACCUGAGGACCACGCCUACGCCUGGCGUGAGGAACGUCAACUAUCCUCCAUACGUGAUCGACAAUGUGCAGGGAGAUUUAGCUGUCCAUGCCGUCUCACCCAAUGCUACACACUUCAACGGCACCCAAGAGUACGACGUGCAUAACCUUUUCGGGCACGGAAUCUUGAACGCGACAUACCACGGCCUCCUUGACGUUUUUCCUGGCAGGAGACCCUUCAUAAUCGGCCGCUCAACCUUUGCUGGAUCCGGAAAGUGGGCUGGACAUUGGGGUGGUGACAACUACUCGAAAUGGGCGUACAUGUAUUUCAGCAUUCCGCAAGCCCUCUCGUUCGGCCUCUUCGGCAUCCCCAUGUUCGGCGUCGACACGUGCGGCUUCAACGGCAACAGCGACGAGGAACUGUGCAACCGCUGGAUGCAGCUGUCUGCCUUCUUCCCCUUCUACAGGAAUCACAAUACGUUGAGCGCCAAGUCGCAGGAGCCCUACGUGUGGUCUUCCGUCAUCGACGCUUCCAAGAAAGCCAUGUCCAUCCGCUACGCCCUCCUCCCUUACAUGUACACGAUAUUCCACGCCGCCCACACCACGGGCUCGACCGUCAUGCGUGCUCUCGCCUGGGAGUUCCCUAACGACCCUUCCCUCGCAAACCUCGACACGCAGUUCCUCCUGGGGCCCUCGAUCCUCGUCACCCCCGUCCUCGAGCCAAAUGUUUCGACCGUCGACGGCGUAUUCCCUGGCAUCGCGAGCGGCGAGAAGUGGUACGAUUGGUAUUCCCAAAAGGCGGUCGAGGCGAAGGCGGGCGAGAACGUGACGCUGGACGCGCCGCUGGGACACAUCAACGUCUUCGUCCGCGGCGGCAGCGUGUUGCCGAUGCAGGAGGCGCGGCUGACGACGCGCGAGGCGCGGCAGACGCCGUGGGCGCUGCUCGUCGCGCUCGGGGCGGGCGGCGCGGCCAGCGGCCAGCUGUACGUCGACGACGGCGAGAGCGUGGCGCCGAACGCCACUCUAGACGUGGACUUUGUCGUUCCCGAAGGCGGCAAGCGGUUGGUCGUCAGCGGGCGCGGUACGUAUCGCGAUGGGAAUCCGCUGGCGAAUGUGACGGUUUUGGGCGUGGGGAGCGAGCCGGGGGAUGUGAUGGUCAAUGGAAAGAGCGUCGCGGAGGGGAAGAGGAACUGGGAUGAGGCGAGCGGGGUGUUGAAGCUGACGGGGCUGGAGGAGGUGAUUGAGGGUGGUGCGUGGGAUGGGGACUGGACCUUGAGUUGGUGA